UUCCUCGCUGGUGUCGCGCCAUCAUGCCAUCAUGAAGCAGGGGCGACAGACGGAGAGCGCUCUCUGUGGACAGUGAUCCAGAACAUCAGCUGAGCUCUGAGUUCUAGCCAUGUCAUUAAUAAUCUUAACUUCUGCGCACAGAUUACGAUCAGCCUGCAGAUUGCAGAGAAUACAAGGCCACAUGAUGUCCACUAAAGCUGGGUCUGAAGUUCUGUUUGAGAAAGUUGGGAACGCUGGAGUCAUCACACUGAACAGACCCAAAGCUCUCAAUGCUCUGAAUCUCACCAUGAUCAGACACAUCUACCCUCAGCUCAAGAAAUGGGACAAAGACUCAGAAACGGAUCUAGUGAUCAUUAAAGGAGCAGGGGAGAAGGCAUUCUGUGCUGGUGGGGAUAUCAGAGCUGUCUCAGAAGCUGGAAAAGCAGGCGAUUCUCUCACUCAAGACUUAUUUCGCGAGGAAUAUAUUCUUAACAACACUAUUGGUACAUAUCAGAAACCGUAUGUGGCUCUAAUCGAUGGAAUUACAAUGGGAGGAGGCGUGGGUCUUUCAGUUCAUGGACGGUUUCGUGUGGCCACUGAGAAGACACUGUUUGCCAUGCCAGCGACAGGCAUUGGUCUGUUUCCUGAUGUUGGUGGUGGCUACUUCCUGUCCAGACUUCAAGGCAAACUGGGGCUCUUUCUCGCCCUGACUGGGUUCCGCCUCAAAGGGAGAGAUGUUCAGAGGGUCGGGGUGGCUACUCACUUUGUGCAGUCUGACAAGAUCGUGUCUCUUGAGAAGGAUCUUGCUGAUCUGAAGACUCCAUCUAACAGUGAUGUGGCCCAACUACUGGAUUCUUAUCAGGAACAGAGCAGUCUGGAUGCUGAGAAACCUUUUGUGCUGCAAGAACAGACAGAUGCCAUCGACAGGCUCUUUUCAGCUGGAAGUGUGGAGGAGAUCAUGGAGAACCUUAAGAAAGAUGGCUCUGCUUUUGCACUCAAACAGACUGAGAACGUUCUUGCGACCCGGCAGCAAUUCUUCCACAGCCCGGUAGUGGGUCGCGACCUGGUGGUUGGGGACCUCUGCUUUGGAAGAUGGAAUAUAGUGUGUGCUUUACGAUAGAUCAGUUUUAUAAUAUUUCUAUGGUGUUUUUUCAUUUAUUUAUUUUUAUGACUUCGAAGUUUUACAGCU